AUGGACGCGAGAACCAUCGUCAUCGACCACGGGUCCGGCUUUGUGAAGGCGGGCUUGUCCGGCUGGAACGAGCCGCAGAUGGUCUUCCCGAGCAUCGUGAACUACAGCCCGUGCAGGGAGAAUCCUGGCCCCAGCUACGCUCGCCGACGCCUGAGUCUCGGCAUCGACGUUUUCCAUCCCGACACCUUUAGCUACCCCAUCCAGCGUGGCCGCGUCCUCAACUGGGAGGGCGUGGAGUACAUCUGGUCCUUUGUCCUGGAGAAAAGCAGACGGGAGCAUGAGAGCUCCCCUGUACUGGUCACAGAGUCGCCCCUGAGGGAGCCUGCGGACCGCAAGAAGACCCUGGAGAUUAUGUUCGAGUUACUGGAUGUCCCGUCCCUACUCCUGGCCGACCAGCUGGAGAUGUCCCUGUACGCCUCUGGCCUCCUGACUGGCGUGGUGGUCGAUUCUGGCUACGGCCUGACCCGCAUCCAGCCUUUCUAUCUGGGCCGCCCAUUACGGCCCGGCGGUAAGACGCUGGAGUUCGCAGGUCAGGAUCUCUCUACCUAUCUCUUCAAGAGCCUCUUUAAGGACCAUGACAAUGGACACAACCUGUUUAAGCUGGAAACGGUUGCCACCACUCAGAUGAGCAAAUGCUAUGUGCCGCAGAACCUGGGCGAGGCGCUGGACUUUCGUCAGAGCCUGCCCAGCGGCUCGGAUGAGAGUAACACCUAUCAGCUCCCGGAUGGCACCCCCGUGGAGCUGGCCCCCAUGCAGCGGCUGGCCCCCGAGAUGUUCUUUAGCCCGCAGGUGUUCGACCUUCCAGGGCCCAGCAUCCCCCAGGCCAUUGUGGAUUCCGUCAAGACCUGCGAAGCCUCUCUACACCCUCUGCUCGUCUCCCACGUGAUGGCCUGUGGGGGGAACACCCUCUACCCAGGCUUCACCAAACGUCUGUACAAGGAGCUGACCACGGAUCACUUCUCCUGCAGCAAGGCCACCGUGUGGGUGGGUUCCGGCAGAAACUUUAGCGUCUGGCUGGGAGCAUCUGUUGUGGCUCAUCUGUCUACUUACAAGUCGGAGUGGAUGACCAAAGAAGAGUAUGUCGAGGCUAUGAGGCAGUGA